AUGGACCAAGAGAAGCCCUUCAAGACUAUCGAGGUGAUCGACUCUCGGACGAAUCAAGUAUGCAAAGUGGCGUGUAUGUCAUGUAUCCGUGGCCAUCGUACAACCUCAUGUGGCAUCCCGAUCUGUCGUGCCAAAGUAUUCUGGACCGUGAAACGACCGGGACGGCCCUCCAAUUCUUGUACCUGUCGAUAUGGUGCAACGGGUGGGUGUAAAUGCGUAGUGGCGAGAUCAGCAUGUCCACACAAGUCCAAGAAGGGCGAGAAGCGGUCGGGCGAAUGUCGAUGUGACGAGCAGGGACGAUAUUGCUGUCUACUCGAGCCGCAUCAUUGGGACCAACUACUGUCACUUCAGAAACCGACCGUGGACUUCUCGCAAACGAAGGAACAAUUGGACGCCAAUCAGGCUGGAUCUACCAAUGGCUCCGUACCUCAAACACCAGCAUACUCUAUGGUCGGUAGUCCACCUUCGUCGGCGCAUAGCAUUCCCAGCACGCCGGCACCUCCGCAACAUGUGCACAUCAUGCCAAAUACUUACAACAACAACAACAACCCUUUCCACGCUACCACGCCGACGACGACCUUGAAAACUCGCUUCGGCAUGAUGGGCAUAGGAGUACCCAUGGACAGCUCCCGCGACGUGGGCAUAGAUGUUCUGACGUGGCAAGGACAACCGCCGGUGGCGCCGCGGGAGUACAAUGCGCAGCCGGUCUAUAAUGAACCACCACCAGAGAGAGAAUCCUGCUGCCAGGCAGGAGAGCCUGUCGUUCACAGUGCACGUUCGCCACCGCCCGAGCUCGAUGGGACAUAUACACAUCAACACAACCUGCACGAGAUGUCACUGGGUGCGAACUUCAAUGCAGUGCCUACGAUUGUUGCUCUAUCACAAGUGACCUCACCGCCCCUACCGGCAUUCGAUUACAAUCACUUUGAGAACGACUACUUUAGAUAUCAGUUCCCCUCGGCGAUCUGUCAGAAUUGUGGUCUGAAUGGUUGUACUUGCCGGAAUUGUCCACCUGUAUUCCAAAACUUCAACAACACGAGCUGGGCUCAGUGCUGUGGGCGCAAGCACGCCCGAGAUCCGCAACCCUCACCAGUACCUUCAAAAGUGGCACGGACAGAGAACUACUCCGUUGACCCGGCCAUCCACUCGCAGCCUGAAUUGGUUCAAGCUUAUCAAUCCGAUGUGUUCCCCCAACAGGAUACAUUUCCCCUCAACGGCAAUCACUUCAUAAACGAGUACAAUGAAAUGGAGCUACCUCCGCCGGGGCUGCCACCAGAACUGGACCCCUUUACUCUUCAGGAAGGGCCCAAUGGUCUGAAUCACGAUUUUCACAUACCGGAGCUGGAGUUCAACGACUUUCUAAAUUCAGAAUUCAAUACCACUCACGACACUACGACUCAGGCUGGCACUACUGCCGUGGAUAGCGAUGCGUGCAGGACAGAGAAUGGCGACGGUGAUGGCGAUGCAGCUGAAAGUCGGACUGGCGGCUGUUGUAGUAGCGAGUCCUAA